AUGGAAGAGCAGGCCUCCGCUGCGUCGACGCCUCCGCCCACAAACCGUCGUGAUAUACCAUCCGCCCGCCCGACGCCCACCCCGCAGCCCGUCCUGUCCAGUUCAGAGCCCUUUCUUCGUUUCCCUCGCCCGCAAGGAAAUCGGCGUCUGGCCAACUGGAUUUCCGCCAGCGAUCCCGACAUAAUGCGCCUGACCACUGCCACAGAGGAUACUGGCCUGGCCGAGUCCACGUAUGAGCUGAUCACCGGCACCGACAGUGAGUCCCAGGAUGGCAACUACACCGAGUCCAUGGGCGACUCGGUCGGCUCCCUCGACCCCCAUCGCCCCGAUGAUGUCCACAGCCUCGACGGCACCGAAUACACGCACGACGGCGAGUCGCUCGCCGAUGACGUCGACGUGCUGCCCCGCACGCCGUCAUACGAGGGAGUCGACGAGAGCAACGACGACGAAGCCCAACGAGUUGACGAAAACGACGAUACCCUCGUCGCCCAGGAUCACAACCCGGACGACCCCGAGAUCAGAGAUGAGGCUUGCUCUCGGUCCUCCCUCGAGUAUACCCAACAUAGUCUCGGGACACCUUCCAUCUCGACGCCCGAGGUGAGUAAGCUCGCGGGCAUCCCGUCUUUGGACUUUCAACUUCCUGGACAGCCGCCUGCUGGAAAACCAGAGAGCCAUCGGGCACGCUCCAACAACAGGCUUGCCCACCUUUGGCAGGUUGGGGCUCGUGUCAAGGACUACGUCGUGGAGACGACCUCGGCGGCCCUCAUUCCCCUGCUGUUUACGGCUGCCCUCGCCGCCUGGAUCUCUGUCAUGGACCACAAUCUCGCCGAGAACUCCAGAUCGCACCCCUCGACCGUGGUCUCCACGGUCACGGCCACGACAACGUCCAUCGUCGUCUCCACGGCCAGGCCCUCUUCCCGAGCUCGUCCCCGCCCCCCGUCGGCUGGCGGAAUGGGCUUGAUACCGCUCCGCGAUGGGACAUCGGACGAGUGGCUCUUUGGCGCCCGAAAGCCCUCCAUCUCCUUCACCCCCCAAGCUCAAACCGAUAUACUGGUUCACGUCCCCGGAUAUGUCAAGCAAGCCUGGCUGGCAAGGGACUGCUUGGCGGUCAACGCCGUCAGAGACGGCCGCCAGGUCGAGACGUCGUCAUCGCCAGUCGACGAGGGCAUCCUUCUCAGAUUCCCCAAGAAGGAGGCUUACGGCGUUGUCAGCCUGUCUCUGGAGGCCACUUGUCGCCCGAGGGUUCAAAGGAUGGUUAAGGUCCACUUUGGAAAGGGCGUAAUGGAAGAGGCUCUGGAAAUGACCAGGAAUCUGGCGCAUGACCUGUCGGGUCUCGUUCCCGCGGUUGCGCAGGAGGCAGAACGUUGCUUCGAGGGAGCCAGGCGGUCACUGGGUGCGGUAUCCGACAGCGUUGUUUUCGUCUCCGACGACUUGCUCGGUCGGCUCGAUAACGCGCUCUCCGGGGCUCGGCAGUCUCUCGGAGGUGCCAAGGCCAAUGCGCAGAGUCGCAUCGCGGGUGCGACUGAGGAUUUUGCCAAUAAUCUUGGUGCCGCCUCGCGGCAAGCCAAGGAACAGUUGAACCGGGUGCGAGACGUCCAGAGCCAGCUGCAGCUUGUCCUGCUCGAUGCCCGGAUUUCAGCGAAGCUGUGGUGGCUCGACGCAACGGGACGCAAGGACGAGCAUGACGACUAUCAGCGCAAAGCAAAGGAAUUCGUAGCAAAGAAGCACGCGGCGGCCAAGGAGGCGGGCCGGGCCAGACGACACCAGGUCAAGGUGGAGACUGGGUCACAGCUCUGGCCGAGAAUGCUGCGGCAGGGCCGGUGCCACUAG